AUGAACGUGAAUCGAGAUGCAGAUGAUAUGUUCCCUAAUGUGUGUUGGACUGAUAGUAGUGAAGAUGACCUUGCAAUUGAUGAUCUUGAGACACUCGCAUUUCUUGUGAGGGCUGGUAGAGAAGCACAACAACAGCUUAAACAGCCACAACACAAUAUUGGAUUACGGGGACAUCAAUAUAUUUUGGAAAUUUUGAAUGGGAAUCCAAGAAAUUGUCGCGAGUUAUUCCGAAUUGAGGUUGAUGCCUUCCGCGCAUUAUGCAACUUGUUACGUUCAAAUAAUUUUUUGAAGGAUACUAGAAAAGGGCUGACCGUCAAGGAACAAAUAGGCAUGUUCACAUCGGUAGUGGCGGCUGGAGACGAACAACGGAUUGUGGGGCAGCGAUUUCAACAUUCAACGGAAACUGUUAAUGCCCAUGUAAGGAACGUUAUGAAGGCCCUGUGUAGGCAAGGGACACAUCUUAUUUACCCAACUCACACAUCUGGGGUGCACCCAACAAUCGCAGGCAAUCCGAGAAAUUAUCCUUGGUUUGAGGGAUGCAUUGGUGCAAUUGAUGGGACCAUGAUCGACGUUGUUGUACCUGCAAAGGUGCGUGAGGCAUAUCGCAACCGGCAUGGCAAAGUUGCCCAAAACGUAUUGUGUGUAUGUGACUUGGACAUGAAGUUCACAUUCCUGUACACUGGUUGGGAGGGAAGCUCGCAUGAUGCACGUGUAUUCAUCGAUGCAUUGUCUCAGGGCCGCAACGCAUUUCCAAUGCCUCUCGAUGGUCAUUAUUAUCUAGUCGAUUCGGCGUACCCAUGUACUCGAGGAUUUAUGCCCCCUUACCCUAGAGAGAGAUAUCAUAGAAGUGACCGUCAGGGUCAGCGGGGAUUUAGGGGGUAUAAAGAUUAUUUUAAUCAUCGUCAUUCAUGCAUUCGUAACGUAAUAGAACGUACAUUUGGGGUCUUGAAAUCACGAUUUAGAAUUUUAAGACUCAUGCCUGGUUAUAAAGUUGGGAGGCAAGGGGAUCUGAUCAUGGCAUGUUGUACGUUACACAAUUUUAUUAGAAUGACGAGCCCGAAUGACUGGUUGUUCGAGGAGUGGAGAGAUAUGGAGCUCAGUCCAAGCGGUCGUGCAUAUAGCGAGGCCGCAAUUUCAGGAAAUCAUCCUGACAUGACCGCCAAAUCAGCCCAAGCUAUGGCUGCAAUUAGGGAUGACAUUGCCAAACGUAUGUGGGAAGCUAGGAGUGGUCAUUGA